AUGAUGGAAGGCCUUGACAUUAUUCUCUUCUACCUUCGAGUCAUCGUCAUACCUUGCGUUUUUGUUUCUUCUCUUCAUCUUUUCUCGAGAUGGUGCAUAACAAAGAGCUCCGAUGAGGAAAACAAGGCCAAAGUUAAUCCUGCCAGAUUCCCGGGCCCAAAACAGUACCCAAUUAUUGGCCGUGUCCAUGAUCUGCCUAGAUUCGCUAUGUGGCUCAAGCUCAAGGAAUGGGCAGAUGAAUUCGGCCCCAUUUACCAGACCAGCAUGCUUGGGCAGAAAUUCGUCAUCAUCUCCGAUGAAAAGCUGGCUCAAGAACUCCUUAUUAAAAACGGCAAUGAUUUUGCAGGCAGACCGCAGAUCCAAGCUCUGAUCAAUCAUAAACUAGGACCUGCCUACUCUGCUCUGAUGGAUCGUCAUGACACUUGGAAAUACCAACGAAAAUGGGUUCACGCUGCCAUGGUCGCGGCGCACCAGCAGCACUUUUACGGCCACAUAGAAGCCGAGGUUAAGAGGUGGCUUGUCACCCUUUUGAUAGACCCCGAAAAAUUUCACAGCAACACCCGCGAGUUGACAGGUCGCAUUAUUAGCCGUCUUUCUUGGGACGACGCUUCACAAGGAAAGGCUUAUGGAGACAGCGCGAUAGCGACGCUAACGCAAAUGUCCGUCUCUGGCCCUCUUGUGAAUACAAUGACUCCACUAUGGCACCUGGGAGAUUUCAUUCGCUUCAAUCCGUGGCGCAAAUUCGAAGCUGCUCGUGAGAAAAAUCAGCGUGCGUGGUGGCUGCAGUCGUUCCGUGUGGCUAAGGUGAGAUACCAAAAGGGGCAGCUGCCAGCUGAUACUUGGGCCUACCGAUACUUUGAGCAAUUACAGAAAGGCGGCAAUGAAUCUCUCGUGCAGACUGAAAAGGAAGAGGACUUUGCCGCCUGUAUGCUAGGGUUCCAGUGCCUCGUGGGCGUUGUCACUAUAUCUGGGCCUAUGCAGUUCUUUCUGAUGUGUAUGGCCCUUCACCCUGAAUGGCUACAGAGAUGCCAAGAUGAAAUCGAAAGCGUCUGCGGCGAUAGAAUGCCAACGCGUGAUGACUUCUCCAAAUUGCCGACUGUUAGAGCCUGCUUGAAGGAAACUCUUCGAUGGAGAUCCGGCGUCCCAUUGGGCGUUCCUCAUCAAUGCGAAAAUGACUCUGAGUUUCAAGGCGUCAAGAUCGAAAAAGGCACCAUCAUCCUCGCCUGCGAAUGGAACCUCAACCGCGUCAGCGAGAACUAUACUGACCCUGAUCACUAUCGUCCAGACAGAUAUCUUAACCCGGAGUUUCCAACUUAUCAGGAACCUCUUAGCCACUACCCUAACUUCCGUGACGGUGUGGGAAUGCACACCUUUGGUUGGGGUCGGCGAGCAUGUCUGGGGCAGAAUCUCGUUGAUGACGAGAUGUUCGUCGCGGGAGCAGCAGUGUGCUGGGCCUUCGACAUGGGGCUGAAAAAGUGCCCUGCUACAGGUAAAGAUGUGACGUUUGACAGCCAAGCUACAAACUCGAACGUCAUCCUUGAGCCUUUGCCAUUCCCAAUGCAAUUCAAGAUAAGAAGUCCAGAGAGAGCCCAAGCUGUUUUGGAUGGAUAUAAUGUCGUCAGAGAUAACUUGCGAGUUUAG